AUGUUGGUCUUUACCGCUUUUCAAACAACUUCUAUGGUUCAGAAAAGUGUCUUGGAUGGUGCCAAGUCUGAAAGUAAUGGAACAUUCAAUGGAGAUGGCUAUGUCAGUUUGGGCAUCAUCUACACACUAUUGGCAUUUGGCAACUGGAUAGCUCCGGUCAUUAUCAUGUAUAUUGGGGCCAAAUGGUGCAUGGUUGCUGGGGCAGUCACAUAUCUUUUAUUCAUUCUGCAAUUCCUGAAGCCAAUGGAGUGGGCACUUUACUUAGGAUCUUGUAUCCUUGGAUUUGGAGCAGCAAUCAUCUGGACAGGUCAAGGAACAUUUCUCACACAAAAUUCCAAUUCUGAUACAAUGGCAAGAAACAGUGGAAUCUUCUGGGCACUCCUGCAGUUCAGUUUACUUUGGGGAAACGUCUACUCAUACACAACAUUAAGAGGUGAUUUCACUAUUACAGCAGAAAAGCGUAUGCACCUCUUCAUUGGUCUGGGUGGAGCCUGUGCAGUGGGACUUCUUUGCAUGUUUCUAUUACGUACAAAAGCAUCAUUUACAAGGGAUUCAGAAAUGGAGGAUUUAGAAACGGUUACACCACCAAGCGUCAAGGAGACAUUCUUUAAAUCCUUCAAGUUGAUAAGGACUCGGACUAUGCUGUUACUUCUUUUCCCUUUCAUCUACACAGGAUUGGAACUGACCUUCUUCAGUGGUAUCUAUGGCACUUGUAUUGCUAACAACAUUCAUUUUGGUAAAGAUGCCAAAGGCCUGAUUGGCAUCUCAGGGAUUAUUAUUGGUGCUGGAGAAAUUCUUGGAGGAGUUGUGUUUGGUAUAUUUGGUAAAUGGACAAAUCGUUUUGGCAAAGACCCUUUCAUUUUAAUGGGAUUUGUUGUACAUAUGUUGGCAUUUUAUCUUAUUUUUCUUAAUAUUCCAUUUGAUGCACCUUACCAAGAAUCCCAACGAGGGACUUUUAUUGAAUCUAGUGUAAUUCUAGCCAUGGUCUGUAGCUUCCUCUUGGGACUUGGAGACAGUAUCUACAAUACACAGAUCUACUCAAUUAUUGGAAGUGUUUAUCCCAAUGACAGUGCUCCUGCAUUUGCUAUCUUUAAAUUUGCUCAGUCAUUGGCUGCUGCAAUUUGUUUUGUUUACAGCUUAAAACUGACACUUGAGUGGCAACUUUUAAUUCUUGUUCUAACUGGAACAAUUGCCUCAUUUAGCUUUUUCAAAGUUGAAUGGGAUAUUUAUAGACAAACCAAAGUUAGGGAUUCAGAACAAUUAUCAGCCCUUGAAAGAAACAAUGAGGACGAUGGCUAUAGUCAUCAGCCCAGGAUUUAUUCGGCUCCAUACACUGACACAGAAUUCCUUGGGGACUCUAACCAUUCAAGAAUUCUACUGAAAGAAAUGUCAAAUAAAAAUCUUCUAAUGUAG